AUGGCUGCUCUUCCUCACACCGACGACCUUCGGAAGCUUUUCAGCAAACUCAUCGAUGGCUCUCACAUUCUCCACUUCCAUCAAGUCGUUGAUGCCUACGGUCACUUGUCUUUCCGCUACCCUCUAGACCCCGAUAUCUUUGUAAUGUCUCGAAACGUUGCCCCAGCUCAGGUUUCAGACAUCGGGGAUCUUGUCGCCUACAGGGUUGGUGAUGCCGAGCCACUCGAAGCGGAGUCACCUCCGGGCUUUGCGGAGCGGCGAAUCCACUCAGAGAUUUACAAGCGGCACCCGAAGGUCAACGCGGUGGUCCACAGCCACUCCGAGGCCGUGGUCCCCUACACGAUAUCCAGUGUUCCGCUCAAAGCUGUUAGCCACAUGUGCGGGUUUCUAGGUGCCAACGGUUUGCCGGUAUUCGAUACUGCGGACCACAUGGAGGACGGCGACGUCCAUGACCUACUUGUGCGCAUGGUCAUUAAUGCGACCAUGGAACUUGUGGCUUCAGGAGAUUGA